AUGUGUGACUGGACGGACAACGAAGAUUCAAAUUCUUAUUUGUCGCUUUGGGAGCUUGCAUUGACGGGUUUUGUAGCAAUGAGAAAUGUGGUAACAGUUGAUGCAAAUUUUUUGAAAGCCAGAAUGGGUUGUCAGCUAAUCUUUGCUGCUUGUCAGGAUGAUAGUCCUAAAUUGAUUAUUGUUUCUGACAGAAAUGCAAGUCUCAUCAAUGCAGUAGUUGAGGUGUACACGGAAGCUAAAGAUGGGGAUAGAGAAAUAGUUGCAGACACAUUCAUGGAGUGCGCAAGACAAUAUACAGAGGCCGAGUUUCUUGAUCAUUAUACAAGGAUGGCAUUAAAGUAUCCUAAUGUGACCGAGUAUCUAGAAAGACGUGUAGAAGUAUCAAAAUGGGCCAUGUGCUAUUUUCCAGGAGAUAGGUACAACCUAGAGACUAGUAACGUUGUGGAGUCCUUGAAUAGUGUAUUUAAGGAUGCAAGGAAGCUAUGCUUAUUACCUUUGAUGAAUGAGAUUGUUGUGAAGUUGUGUGAGUGGUUUAACAAUCAUAGGAACGAGGCUGCUUCUAUGCCACCAGGAUGUAAACUGGUGGCCUUUGUCGAGAAUAUAUUUCACAGUAGAUGUGCUGAAGCAAAGAGGCUAACUGUCACCGAGUUAAACAUCAGUCAGAUUGAAUACAGUAUAAUUGGAAACGAUGGGAUGAAUUACACGGUGAACUUGAAAAGUAAAACUUGCUCGUGCAAGUGUUUUGAUAUAGACAAGUAUCCGUGUGUCCAUACCUUAGCCGCACUAGAGCAUUACAUGAAGCGGCUAGACAGAGAAGAGGAUAUAAAUGUAGAAGACUUGUGUUUGAUGUAUUAUUUAACCGAGCAGUGGGUGUUUGCUUUUAACAGAACGAUCUAUCCAAUCCCACACAAGUCACACUGGAUUGUCUCCAAUGAUAUAAGGCAAUAG